AACGUGGAGGAAAUGAAAAUUUUCAUGGUUUUACACAGUACCGAAUAUUUGAAUUUUAAAAAUAUCAUAAAAUGAAUUUAAAAAUAGGCAAUCGGGACUUUCUCAAACAAAAAUUAGAUAAUCCAGACAUAACGUACCAAAAUUUCGUAAAGAAUGUUUCCAAACAGGAGUGUGAAGUGAAAGCUAUAAUCCAGGAUAUAUUAGAAUGCAGAGAUUCAAUGGAGUCAUUAAAUGAGUUGAAUGAAAAAGGCAGAUCAAUGAUAAAAUUAUUGAGGGAAGAAAUAGAAAAUUUGCAUGCAUAUGUGAAUAAUUCAGGAGAUGAAAAAUAUAUUGAUGAAUUAUCUUCUAAACGACAUCAUUUGGCUGAGUUAUUAAAGGAAUUUAAGGAAGCCAAUAUCAGCAGCAUGUUUGCUAUUGAGAAAGCUCAGAGAGAAGACCUGCUUCAGGCUGGAAUUGGUGAAGAGAGUGUAGUUAAGCAUAGAAAGAAAAAAGUUGAUAGUGAUGGCCUUUUGAACAUGUCCACAGGUGUAACAGACCAACUGCUUUCUAUUAGUCGACAACUGGCAGCAACAACACAGAGGAGUCAGGACACUUUGGACAGUUUAGUUUCAUCGAGUUCUACAGUUCAUGGUACACAAGCAGAACUUCAGAAUACAGGGAGCACUAUUACCCAAUCGAGCAAAUUACUAAAGAAAUAUGGGCGACGAGAGUUUACAGAUAAAGUGAUAAUGUUUUUUGCAUUUCUGUUCUUCUUAGCUGUUUGCUUAUACAUCGUUCAGAAGAGAUUAUUUUAAUUUUCUAAAUAAAUUAAUUUAUUUUAUAA